AUGGAAAUAUAUAAACCAGGUUUUUCUUUUUGCUAACAGGAUUCGACUAUUUUACACUAAAUAAUGAAUUAUUUUUAGGUUGUGUUUGAAUAAAUUGAAAAUGAGUUUAAGUGUAACAUUGAUUAAAUAAGAUAUCCUGUCUUAAUGUUAUUAGAUUUAAUAGAAAAAGAGGACUAUGUUUAAAAAUAAUAGCAUGAUAUAAAUAAUUCUAUACCUAAUAGUUAGCAUAAAAUUUAUUUAUGGGAGUAAAUGAAGGAAACUUGCUUAUAAAUAAUCCUUGAAAGAAAAAAUUAAUUAGAAUUUGAGAUGAACUAAUAAAUAAAAUAAAAGGAGAAAAUAUGGACAAUAUUGUAAGGAACAUUUGAAGAAAAAUAAGGGUAUAAUAAAAGUAAUUGUACUUUAGAUCAAAAAUAUUAAUAGGUCCAACAUUAGUAGGUUUAAAACAUGGAAAUUACUAUUAUAAAAAUAAAGAUGGAAGUAAUGAAAUUGUAUACUUAAAUUUAAAUUAUUAAGGCUGGGGAAAUGUAUUUAAAUUAUUAAACCAAUUUUUGGGUUUAAGAAGGAAGAUAUAUAUAAUUAUAUAGAUAAUUUAGAAUAAAUUUUGGAGUUAUUUUAAAAAUAGGUUAAAUCUAAUACGUUAAUGAUGGAGAGAUAAUUAGAAAGUAUUAUUAAUUCAGAAUAUAAUUAGUGAUAGAAUAGAUUAUUUGAAAGACAAUUCUCAGAUUCUGACUCAACUUGAUUAAAUCAAGGAUUUAAAAUGGUAAGGAAGUUAUGGACAAAAUGGAAAAAAAAUUGGAAAAUGGAAUGUAAGUUUGGAGAAUUAAUUGAUAAAUGCAGGUGGUAAUUAUCAAAAUGAUGGACUUAAAAUUGGCAAUUGGAUAGAUUUGUAUCAAGAUUAUACUAAGUAAUAGAAUAUUUUAUAAAGAUUCUCAAAAGCUUAUUUAAUAGGAUAAUACAAGGAAGGUAGAAAGUAUGGGAGAUGGAAAGCAAUAAGUGAGAAAUUGACGAUGUAAUUUUUUAUGAUUAUUUAUAACAUUUAUAGAGGAGGAGGAAAUUAUGAUGAGAAGGGAUAAAAAAAUGGAUAUUGGGAAGAUAUUGUUGAAAAUUAUUUGGGGUAUUUAAUAAUAUAAUUUAAUUUAGUUUAAAUUAUCUGAGCUUUUAAGGUUAAUAUAAUUCAGGAAGAAAAAGUGGUUGUUGGUAAGCAAUAUACAACAAAAAAAAGAAAAUGUAUUUAAGUUUAAUUUACUUUAGAAUAUUGGGUAGAUAUGAUGAUAAUGGAUUAAAAGUUGGAUAAUGGGUUGUAUUACAUAAGUUUUUCAAUCCGUAAUUAUUAGAAUUUAAUCAUUAUUAGGAGUUGUAGAGUUUUAUCAUUCGGACAGUAUAAUAAUGGUAAGAAGUUUGGUUAAUGGAUAAUAUAAUAAACUAAAAAGAAAAUGUAUGAGUUUUAAUAAAAUUAAAAGAGGAGGAGGAAUGUACAAUGAUGAAGGGAAGAAAGUAGGUUAAUGGAAAGAAUUAUCACCAAAUUUUCAACUGUAAUAUAUUAAUAUAUUUAAAAAACAAUAUUAUAGAGAAUUUUAGGUAUUUUAUGCUGGACUAUAUGAAAAAGGGAUAAGAUAAGGGGAAUGGAAAAUAUAUUAUUAGGAUAGAUUAAUGUAUAUAUUAUAUAUAAAUUGAUUAGUGGAGGAGGAAAUUAUGAUUAAAAUGGAAUGAAACAAGGCUUUUGGAAGGACGCACAUUAAAACUUUUCUUAGUAUAAAAUUUACUUUAUUUUAUUAGUCGAAUUUAGGUUAUUUAUUAAGGUGAGUAUUCUAAUGGUUGGAAACAAGGUAGAUGGGAUAUUAUGUUUGAUGACAAAGUGAUGUAUAUAUUUUGAUUUUGAUUAAUAGAGGUGGAGGAGAUUAUAAUUAAGGUAUAAGAUAGGGCAAGUGGGUAGAUAUCGAUUGUAAAUAUGCUGAGUAUGUUAAUAUAAGAAAUAAUAAGUUACUAUUAAGUUCUAUGUGCUGGAGAAUAUCUAAAUGGAUUUAAAAUUGGAUAAUGGGAUACCAUAUUUCAAGAAGUUGUAAUGUAGUUUAUUUAUUUAUCAUAUAUAAGUGGAGGAGGAAAAUAUGAAGAUGGAAUUAAAAAUGGAAAAUGGAUAGUCCAAGAUUAAUAAUGGAAUCAGUAUAAGUUUUUUUCAUUUUAGACAUAAAUAAUUAUUUCAAGAGAUCAAUUUUUAAAAUGGAGUACAAUAAUACUCUAAUUGA